AUGCUUUUCAGACCCCGGGGGGCCCCCUUGGGCCCCUCCCUCAAACCCUUUGGGGGCCCCUUUGGGGGCCCCCAUCGCCUUCACCAAAUACGAAAGAGAAGCACUUACACCUUGCAGCAGCAGCAGCAACAACAACAACAACAACAUUAUGAUCAGCAGCAGCAGCAUUCACAUCAGCAGCCGCAGCAACAGCAGCAGCAUCAGCAGCAGCAGCAGCAGCAGCAGCAGCAUGUUUAUUCCUUUGGGCGUCGUCGUUUAUCUCUGCGGGAUUUGCCUAUGACGCCGAUUACCCCGCCUCAAUUCGCCGCCCCCUUUCUAAACCCUAAACACCUACAACACACACCACCCACACAGGGGCCCCCAAGGGGGGCCCCCGGGGGCCCCCUCCGUAAGGCUUCAGGGGGGCCUCCUAAUGGGGCCCCAGGGGGGACCCCCGAUAAGGCCCCAGGGGGGCCCCCCGAUAAGGCCCCAGGGGGGCCCCCCAAUGGGGCCCUAGAGGGGGCCCCCAAUAGGGUUUCAGAAGGGCCCCCCAUUGGGGGCCCCGGGGGGGCCCCCAAUGGAGCCCUAAGAGAGGAAGGGGGCCCCUUGAAAUCAGGGGCCCCCGUAUGGGGGCCCCCUUCUAAAGAAUGGGGAUCCCUACAAAGUGGGGGCCCCCAUAAGGGGGACCCCACACUUCUUUGGGGCCCCCGUAAGGGGGCCCCCCUCCAUAGUGGGGGCCCCCAAGAGGGGGGCCCCCAGGAGGGGGGCCCCCAAGAGGGGGGCCCCCAAGAAGGGGGCCCCUGUAUGAGUAAGAGUGGUUAUAGAGAGCGUGUUGAUGGAGGGGCUGUGGGGGGUGUUUGUGAAUUUGUGUUUAUGAAUUUGGAGACGAAAAAAAAUGUUAGAAUCGAUGAGCUGUACAUACACCCGGCAUUAGCAGAGGCAGCAAAGGGUUUAGGGUUUAGGGUUUUAGACGGUCGUGAGGCUGCUGCUUUUGUUGCUGCUUCUAGAGGGAGAGAUUUGCUGCUAAGGGGAGGCUUCAAAAACAAUAAAUUAAUGCUGCUGCUGCUUCCGAUUAUUAACAGACUUUAUCUCACCCACGACCUUAUUCAGCAGCAGCAGCAGCAGCAACUGCAGCAGCAGCAGCAGCAGCAGGUGGAGAGAGCAGGAGACAGCCGGGAGACUGCGCACACUGCAGCAGCAGCUGCAGCUGCUACUGCCGCUCCAUCUGGUGGUGCUGCUGCACCAACUGCUGCUGCUGCUGCUGCUGCUGCUGCUGCUGGGGGGCUCCCAGAGAGCAUUUCCUUGUCUUUAUUAAAAGCUGCUGUUGCAGAGGGGUUGAGACAUGCGGUGCUGCCUCCGCUGGAGGUUCUAGAAGGAGACGAGAGAGAUGCGCUGCUGCAGCAGCAGCAGGAGAAGCUGCACCAGCUGCAGCAGCAGCAGCAAGAAGAGGCAACAGCAGCAGCAGCAGCAAACCCCCUGGGCCUGCUUCGUCCUGUUGUGGUGCUGCUACCAACUCAAGAUAAAGCAGUUGCUUUGCUGCAGCUGCUGCAGCAGCUAGACCCGCUAGGGAGGAUAUCAGUGCAGCUGCUAAGCGACGUAGGUAGAGACUUCCACCAGCAGCAGCAGCAGCAGCAGCAGGAGCAGCAGCAGCAGCAGCAGCAGCAGGAGCAGCAGCAGGAGCAGCAGCAGCUAGAGGAUAUCCCCCCUGAGGAAUGGAGACAGCUGGGAGACAGCUGGAGGCGGCUGCUGCUGAAGGACCCUCAAACGGUGCAGAUAAUCGCAGCAAACAAGGCGCUGGAGCAGCAGCAGCAGCAACAACAACAACAGUUGGAGCAGCAGCAGCAGCAGCAGCAGCAGCAGAUGCAGCAGGAGUUCGUGAGGGUUCCUACAAUAUACGGACCAAGGAUACGCACUGCUGCUCAUGUGUAUGCCCCGCAGCAGCAGCAGCAGCAGCAGCAGCAGCAGCAGCAGCAGCUGUGGCUGCGAAUAAAUGAUGAUGAUGUUAAACGCGAGGUUGAGAGGCAGUACCCAUCAUGGGAUGAGUUGCGGCGGGAGCAGCAACUGCUGCAACAGCAGCAGCAGUUGCUGCAGCAGCAACAGCAGCAGCAGCAGCAGCAGCAGCAGCGCGCUCUACGGGCCGGGUCCAGAAGAGACAGUGAGGAGCAGCAGCAAAAACUGCUGCAGAAGCAGCAACAGCAGCAGCAGGAGCAGCAACAGCUGCUGCUGGAGGGCUUGGGGGAUAUUGAUAUGCAGCGAGACCGGCAGCAGCUGGUGAGUGCUGCUGUGUUUAAGGAACGUUUCAAUUUGCUGCUGCUGCUGCUGCAGCAGAUCCCUGCUGCUUUAACUGUUGUUUUCUGCAGCAGCAGCAGCAGCAGCAAAGAAAUCGUGAGGCUGCUGCAGCAGCACGGGUGGCCAGUUGCUGGAUAUUAUAAGGGGCUCUCAAUGCGGCGCCGUCUUGCUGCUGCUGCUGCAGCAAAUGCAGCAGCAGCAGCAGCAGCAGCUGCUGCUGCUGCUGCUGCACCAUCUGCUUCAGCAGCAACAACACAUCCAGAAGCAGCAGCAGCAGCAACGACAACAGCAGGAGCACCAGAUGCAGAUCCAGCAGCAGGAUCACCAGAUCCAGCAGCAGCAGCAGCAGCAGGAGCAGCACCACUUGUGCUGGUAGCAACAGAUUUGCUGCUGCAGACAGACCAAGUGAAGGGCUUAGCGCAUGUUAUUAACUUCAACCCCCCAACUAAUGCUGCUGCAUACCUCAGAAGAGCAGCACUCGCUCAACGCCCAGAUGGAGCAGCAGCAGCAGGUGGCGUUGCUUCUGCUGCUGGUGCUGCUGCUGCUGCUGGAGGGUUUUUAAAGGGCGGCUGGAUAUCCACUAUCAUCGGGCCUGAAGAUAUUUGCUUCGCUUCGCAGCUAUUUCGUGCUGCAGUGCAGCAGCAGCAGCAGCAGCAGCAACAGCAGCAGCAACAGCAGCAGCAACAGCAGCAGCAUUGGGAGCAGCUCUUUUCGCACAAGAGGUCACUGAGAAAGAGAAUCAGACAGCAGCAGAAGCAACAGCAAAAGCAGCAGCAGCAGCAGCAGCAGGAUCCAGAAGAACAACAGCUGCAAGACCUGCAGCAGCAGCAACAGAAGCAGCAGCAGCAGCAGCAAAGCCCCUUCAAGGAGGGGCCCCUCUUCAGUAAAGUGCUGUGGACAGCAGGAGAUACCCAUGGUUUUUAUGCUGCUGCUCCUGCUGCUGCUGCUCCUGCUGCUGCUGCUGCUGCACGCGCUGCUUCUGAUGCUGCUGCAAGCAUCAGCAAAGAGACAGUAGAAUUUUACAAGCAGAUGAAAGGGGGAAUCAGCAGCAGACUCCCUGCUGCUGAGUCGCCAGAUCCUGCUGCUGCUGCUGCUGCUGCUGCUGCUGCAGCGGAUACAGCAGCAGGCCCGCAGCAGCAGAAGCAUCAGCAGCAGCAACAGCAGCAGCAGCAGCAACAGCAGCAGAAGGAUCAGGACCCAAUAUGUUGGUUUUUCGAGUCUGAUGAUGAAAUGGAAGAAGGUAGCAGCAGCAAACCAGCAGCAGCAGCAGCAACAACAGCAACAGCAACAACAGCAGCAGCAGCCUCAACACGUGCUGCUGCUGCAGCAGCAAACAGCAGCGCCCCCUGGACGAAGGAAAACUACAUCCGCUUCGUUAUACAACGAAUGCAACGCGGUGGGAUGCGCACCCAGCAACAGCAACAGCAGCAGCAGCAGCAGCAGCAGCAGCAGCAGCAAGCAGCAGAAGUGCGGCGGACAAAGAUGCUUCUGCGAAAUUUUCAGAGGCAAGAUGCGUUUGAAGAUGUCAAACUCUCAUAA